CAAAAUUAUGAAAAGAAGGCUGUGAAACAUGAUCAGCUUUGCCCUUUUCGCGGUCACAUUAUUUUUUUAGGGCAAGUCGUUUUGGAGUUAUUGCCAUUUAUCUCUGAAUGUGUCACGAAUAUCGAAAACAAAACUAGCUUAACCCCGCUUGUAAAGGUGCGUUCAUCACCUUCUAUCUCCGCCUAUUUCAAAGGUCGCUCGGUACUUUUCGUCGGGGGUUUUUGACUUUCUUUUCUCACUGCCUCAAAACACUGUGGCAACUUUUGAAUGUUUAAUUGUCCUGGUUUUUAGCCUCGACUGUCGAGACUCAUGCAGCAAAUGUGUUUAACGUUUCAAUUCAAAUCGCCAUUAAGUAGCACCUCACACACAGAAGAAACACUCUCGAGAGAAGAUGGCACUUAUGAAGUUUUCGGUUUACGUUACAUGUUUCUGUUUGUCUCAAGAUUUGGUUUUUUGCGAUAACUAUGGCGAAAGUGGAAACAAGAUCACACUUACUCCAAGCAUCCGUGGAAAGCCUGAAGAAAUACUGUGGACACAUAAUGGCAACAAGGUUCUGGAAUAUGAUGGGAGUGAGGUGGCGAAAUAUGGCUCGUUUAAAGACCGUGUAGAUCUUGAUUUUGAAACAGGACAGCUCACAAUAAGAAAACUAAACAGCCAAGACAGUGGCAAAUAUCAGUCUGAAAUUUGGAUCAAUAGGAAUGCUCAAAUCGCCAGUCAUAAUCUGACAGUUUUGGAUGCUCUGCCGGAGCCUCAGGUGGCCUGUGAACUGGAUGAGACUUCGAAUUUUAAUAAACUGUCCUGUUCAGUGGUAUCCCAGACUCAGCCAAGCUAUGAAUGGAGUGGACCUAAUAUAAAACAGCUGGGACCAACACUUCUUGUUAAUGAACAGGAGGUAAACCAUAACUCAGUCUAUACCUGCACUGUGAAGAAUAAAGCUGGAAGCAGGACCACAGACUUCACUCUGCAAGACUGCCACACAGGCAGAGAAAGCCCUGCUGUGCUUGUUCCAGUCGUAAUAGUAACAGUGCUUCUCAUUAUUCUGCUUGCUGUGCUGGCAUUUUACCUCUACAGACGUAAAAAACAAAAGCUAGGGAAGUCUGGACUAAAAGAAAUGGACCUUGAAAAUGGUGAAUGCAAUAACCUGUUGAGAAAUGUACCAACGGAGGCUAUGCCAGGUUCAUCUGAAGCCACACUCCCUUGCCGUACCAGACUUACUGCUCUUAAAGAAUCUAUUGCUGAUGAACAAUGGGAUCAGGAGAGUGAAUUGGAGAAUGCAGGUGAAACUCAUGAAGGACAAAAACUUUUGAAGGAAAGUCCGCAAUCUGCUAUAACAGAAAAAAACAAAGACGACACAGGAAGUACAAAUGGAGAACUUGAAAAAAAUGAGAAAAACAGCGAAAAUGCAGAUGAAGUAGAAGAAAACGCUAACAGCAAAGCUGAUGAAACAGACACAGAAGUACAGAGCCAGAAAUCCUUACAAACCCAAGAAGAAAAGGAGAAAAGUCAGAUACUGAAAAAUGAGAGUGAAGAUGAAGAGGAGUCACCUGAGGAGCAGAUUGAGACACUGGGAGAGCAGGACACUAAAGAUGCAGAUAAAAAUGAGAGUGAAGAUGAAGAGGAGUCACCUGAGGAGCAGAUUGAGACACUGGGAGAGCAGGACACUAAAGAUGCAGAUAAAAAUGAGAGUGAAGAUGAAGAGGAGUCACCUGAGGAGCAGAUUGAGACACUGGGAGAGCAGGACACUAAAGAUGCAGAUAAAAAUGAGGAAGACCAGACACCAGAAGAGAAAAAAGAGGAGGAAGAGGAAAACGAAGAGAUAGACAGCCUGAACACAGCUGAAGGAGAACUAGAAAAAAAUCAGAAAAACAGCGAAAAUGCAGAUGAAGCAGAAGAAAAUGCUAACAGCAAAGCUGAUGAAACAGACACAGAAGUAGAGAGCCAGAAAUCCUUACAAACGCAAGAAGAAAAGGAGAAAAGUCAGAUACUGAAAAAUGAGAGUGAAGAUGAAGAGGAGUCACCUGAGGAGCAGCUUGAGACACUGGGAGAGCAGGACACUAAAGAUGCAGAUAAAAAUGAGGAAGACCAGACACCUGAAGAGAAAAAAGAGAAGGAAGAGGAAAACGAAGAGAUAGACAGCCUGAACACAGGUAAAAUACAGAUUAUAACCUUUUCUGGAAAAACAAAACUUUGCUUGGUUUGUAUUUAA